AUGUUUUUCCACGUCAAUGGGCUUAAUUGGGACGACUUCCUCGUGCUAGCUACGGUGGUUCUAGCCGUACCAUCUGUCGUUAUUGUCGACAGGUGUAUGCUUCCGAAUGGCAUCGGUAUCGACAUUUGGAACGUUCCGUUUGACCACAUCGACAACUUUAUACGAUGGCUCUACGUCGUCACUCUACUAUACCUCCUCCAGGCUGCCUUGGUCAAGAUUACGCUCCUUUCCUUCUUCCUACGGAUAUUCCUUAGACGGCGAACAGUACAGCUUUUGUGGGGGACUAUCAUCUUUAUUGGAUUAUGGACCUUCUCCAUCUUCAUUCCCGCCGCGAUGCCAUGUCUACCGGUACGUCAAGAUCACUCACGAGGUGCACGUGUCACAGUAGUGUCCAUCCUCCGCCUGAAAUCGCUCUUUUUCUUCGACGGGGACAACAACUAUACAUGGAAGCAAGCGAAAGUCGUCCUGUGGUCCAUGUACGAGCUUCAUGUCGGAGUAAUCUGCGCCUGCAUCCCGACCCUCCGCCUGAUCUUCAUCCGCGCAAUCCCUUCGGUCAUCAGCUCGAUACAAGGAAGCACCCAGCGAAGCAGCGCGAACGGAAACGGCAGUAGAAGAAGUCGUGGCACAACUCAGAACGUAGACACUUUGAGAAGUGACAGAGGUGGGAAAGAAGGCCUGGCCGUUGAACCCAACACGAUUACAUACACCAGGACCUUUGCAGUCCGGCACGAGGAAAACGACGAGGAGGUUGAACUUGUCCACAUGGAGGAUUUAAGUGAAAAGACGUCGAGAGAACGAGGUGGUAGCUAUGCUAGUGAGCUGAGCUUAUAG